AUGGAGGACCUUUUGGACGCUGCCUUGCUAAGUCGCCUUGUGACUUGUCAGGCCGUAGAUCAGCAGCGCGCAGUUGCCAAAGGACCUUUGGCGCAGGGGGAGCCGUUCUUGGCGCUGCCUCUGUCGCGGGAAGCUCAGGGGGUGCCAGGGGGACAUUCCCAUCCUGCGAUGCGCACCGACUGGAAGUGUUGGACAGCAGACACUGCAAAGGCUUGCAGCAAGCUGUCAAGUUACCUCGAUGCCGAUGCGCCAGACUCCACAUGGCUCGCCCUGCACCUGUUGUUAUUGAAACAGGAGCAGGGCAAUGCCUUGCAGAAACAGUUGCAGCUCCUGGACGAUUCGGCAGGUCUUCUUCGUUGGGAUGACACAGAGCUUGCCCUUUUACAAGGAAGCCCUUGGAUGCUGGUGGCAGGGCAAGGCCGAGAGGAAAUCCAAGCCGAGUAUGAGGAGCUCCUGGGCAACCCCGUUGCACUGGUCUCGAAUCUCCAUUUUUUGCCCGGCGAAAUCUGGAUUGUUUAUUCGUAA